GCCGGGGCCGCGCCUGCCGCACCUCGGGCCGGCCGCAGGAGCCCUGGAGCGCCGCGGGCGCGGGGCGUAGAGGUGGCCGCGGCAGAGCUCGGACCUGCGGCUGAGGCGGCAGCCGCAGCGCUCCUCGUCCUCGGCUCGGUCCUCCUCGGGCGGCCUGGGCCCGCGACCCCUCCUUGGCCUUGCCUGGGCCUCCGUCGCCGCGUUCCCUCCAUCCCCCCGCGAGCCCGAGGCGGGCACGGCCGCGGCAUGUGGCGCUGGGUCCGGCAGCAGCUGGGUUUUGACCCACCACAUCAGAGUGACACAAGAACAAUUUAUAUAGCAAACAGAUUUCCUCAGAAUGGCCUUUAUACUCCUCAAAAAUUUAUAGAUAACCGAAUCAUAUCAUCUAAGUAUACAGUGUGGAAUUUUGUUCCAAAAAAUUUAUUUGAACAAUUCAGAAGAGUAGCAAACUUUUACUUUCUUAUUAUCUUUUUGGUCCAGCUUAUGAUUGAUACUCCUACGAGUCCUGUUACCAGUGGACUUCCGUUAUUCUUUGUGAUAACUGUAACUGCCAUAAAGCAGGGAUAUGAAGACUGGUUACGACACAAAUCAGAUAAUGAAGUAAAUGGAGCACCUGUUUAUGUCGUUCGAAGUGGUGGCCUUGUGAAAACGAGAUCAAAAAACAUCCGGGUAGGGGAUAUUGUCAGAAUUGCCAAAGAUGAGAUUUUUCCUGCUGAUUUGGUGCUUCUGUCUUCAGACAGAGGGGAUGGUUCAUGCCAUGUUACUACUGCUAGCCUGGAUGGAGAAACUAACCUCAAGACACAUGUGGCAGUUCCAGAAACAGCAGUGUUGCAAACUGUUGCCAAGUUGGACACACUCAUAGCUGUGAUAGAAUGUCAGCAACCAGAAGCAGACUUAUACAGAUUCAUUGGAAGAAUGAUACUGAAUCAACAAAUGGAAGAAAUUGUAAGACCUCUUGGGCCAGAAAGUCUCUUGCUUCGUGGAGCCAGAUUAAAGAACACAAAAGAAAUUUUUGGUGUUGCAAUAUAUACAGGAAUGGAAACUAAGAUGGCUUUAAAUUAUAAGAGCAAGUCACAGAAGCGAUCAGCAGUAGAGAAGUCAAUGAAUACCUUUUUGAUAAUAUAUCUCAUAAUCCUUAUUUCUGAAGCCAUCAUCAGUACGAUCUUGAAAUAUACGUGGCAAACAGAAGAAAAAUGGGAUGAACCUUGGUAUAACCAAAAAACAGAGCAUCAGCGAAAUAGCAGUAAGAUUCUGAGGUUUAUUUCUGAUUUCCUUGCUUUUUUGGUGCUCUACAAUUUUAUCAUUCCAAUUUCACUUUAUGUGACAGUCGAGAUGCAGAAAUUCCUUGGCUCAUUUUUUAUUGGCUGGGAUCUUGAUCUGUAUCAUGAAGAAACGGAUCAGAAAGCACAAGUCAAUACUUCAGAUCUGAAUGAAGAGCUGGGACAGGUGGAAUAUGUGUUUACAGAUAAAACUGGAACUCUGACUGAAAAUGAGAUGCAGUUUCGAGAAUGUUCCAUUAAUGGCAUAAAAUACCAAGAAAUCAGUGGCAGACUGGUACCAGAGGGACCAACACCAGAAUCUUCAGAAGGUUUAGCAUACCUUAGAAGCUUAGCCCAUCUCAGCACCUCAACCCAUCUUGCAAUCAGUUCUGAAAAUGAAACUGAACUGAUCAAAGAACAAGAUCUCUUCUUUAAAGCAGUUGGUCUCUGUCAUACAGUGCAGAUCAGUAGUGGCCAAUCCGAGGGACUUGGGGAUGGCCCUUGGCACCCCAGUGCCGCAUCCUCACAGUUGGAGUACUAUGCUGCUUCCCCAGAUGAAAAGGCCUUAGUUGAGGCUGCUGCAAGAAUUGGUGUCGUGUUUAUGGGCAGUACUGAAGAAACUAUGGAAAUUAAAACCCUUGGAAAACUUGAAAGGUACAAAUUGCUUCAUGUUCUGGAAUUUGAUUCCGAUCGUAGGCGAAUGAGUGUGAUUGUACAGUCUCCUUCAGGUGAGAAACUUUUGUUUUCUAAAGGAGCAGAGUCUUCAAUUCUUCCUAACUGUAUUGGUGGUGAAGUAGAAAAAACAAGAAUUCAUGUAGAUGAAUUUGCUUUGAAAGGGCUAAGAACUCUGUGUGUAGCAUAUAGACAGUUCACGCCUGAAGAGUUUGAGGAAGUGGACAGACGACUUUUUGCUGCCAGAACUGCCUUGCAGCAGCGAGAAGAGAAGUUAGCAGAGACAUUCCAUUUCAUAGAGAGAGAGCUGUUGUUACUCGGGGCGACGGGUGUAGAAGACAGGCUUCAAGAUAAAGUGAGAGAAACCAUUGAAGCCUUGCGCGUGGCGGGCAUCAAAAUCUGGGUACUUACUGGAGACAAACAUGAAACCGCCAUCAGUGUGAGUUUAUCAUGUGGACAUUUUCAUAGAACCAUGAACAUCCUUGAGCUGGUCAACCAGAAAUCAGACAGCGAGUGUGCGGAGCAACUGAGGCGACUCGCCAGAAGAAUCGCUGAAGACCAUGUGAUCCAGCAUGGGCUGGUGGUAGACGGGAGCAGCCUUUCUCUGGCCCUGAGGGAGCACGAGAAGAUAUUCAUGGAUGUGUGUAAAAGCUGCUGCGCUGUCCUCUGUUGCCGCAUGGCCCCACUGCAGAAGGCAAAAGUAAUAAGACUGAUCAAAAUCUCACAAGAAAAACCUAUAACAUUGGCUGUUGGUGAUGGUGCUAAUGAUGUAAGCAUGAUACAAGAAGCGCAUGUUGGCAUAGGAAUUAUGGGAAAAGAAGGAAGACAGGCCGCACGAAACAGUGACUAUGCAAUUGCAAGAUUUAAAUUCCUCUCCAAAUUGCUUUUUGUCCAUGGCCAUUUUUAUUAUAUUAGAAUAGCAACCCUUGUACAAUACUUUUUUUAUAAGAAUGUGUGUUUUAUCACACCGCAAUUUUUAUAUCAGUUCUAUUGCUUGUUUUCACAACAAACACUAUAUGACAGCGUUUACCUGACUUUAUACAAUAUUUGUUUCACUUCUUUACCUAUUCUGAUAUAUAGUCUUUUGGAACAGCAUGUACAUCCUCACGUCUUACAGAGCAAACCUACUCUAUAUCGGGACAUAAGUAAAAAUAGUCACUUGAGCAUUAAAAAAUUUCUUUAUUGGACAAUCCUGGGUUUUAGUCAUGCCUUCAUUUUCUUUUUUGGAUGCUAUUUUCUAAUAUGGGAAGACGUAUCUCUACUUGGAAAUGGUCAGAUGUUUGGAAAUUGGACAUUUGGUACGUUAGUCUUCACAGUAAUGGUUAUUACAGUCACAGUAAAGAUGGCUUUGGAGACUCACUUCUGGACCUGGAUAAAUCAUGUUGUUACCUGGGGAUCCAUUGUAUUUUAUUUUGCAUUCUCUUUGUUUUAUGGAGGAAUUUUCUGGCCAUUUCUGGAUACAUACUUUGUAUUCGUUCAACUUCUGUCAAGCGGCUCGGCCUGGUUUGCCGUAAUCCUUAUAGUGGUGACUUGCCUGUUUCUCGACGUUGUGAAGAAAGCGUUUGAACGACAGCUACGUCCAACGAGCACUGAGAAGGCCCAGCUUACUGAAACAAAUCCCGGGGUCAAGUGCUUGGACUCCAUAUGCUGUUUCUCAGAGGGGCAAGCAGCGUGUGCAUCUUUUGGAAGGAUGCUGGACCGAGUGAUGGGGAGCUGUAGCCCGGCCCAGGUUAACAGAUCAUGGAGCCCAUCGGACCCCUUCUGUACCAACGACAGGAGCAUCCUGACCCUCUCCACAAUGGACUCAUCUGCUUGUUAAAGGAACAGUAGCAUUGGGGCAGCCAUGUCAGUCUUUUCCCGAAAGUUCAGUGGGAUUCUUCGGUUAGUGACCAUUAGUUCAGCCAAACUUCUUCCUGAAACCAAUGGAAUAGGGCACACUUACUCAAGUUCAAGAGUAAAGAAAAAAUCCACUUGAGAAGUACAUUCCUUCCAUUUAUGGUUUUUCCUUAUUCCAACCCCAAACAAAUUAACUCCUGUACAUAAAUUGGAAAUAGUCUCAUCCUAGUUUAAGUUGCUGCCUCACAGGUUCAUUGGAAUCCUGAGAAUCAGACAGAAUUUAGUUUUGUCAACAAGGUGGAAAAGGGAGAGAGAGCUCCUGUUUACAUGUUAAAAUAUCCAGUAAUUAGCUAGGGCCCGCUGCUGUUUAAAGCUGCUUCUGUAAAUUGUGCUGAAAAGUUUGCCUUAAAAACUCUAUUUUUUUAUUCUAUAUUUUUUACUCUAUUGAAGCUUCAUGGCUGAAGUUUUAGCUGCAUUUGUGUAAAGGUCGCCCCUCUUCUCCCCGUACCCCAUGUUAUGGCUUUAUUGAUUUUUCGUAAAGUUCACGGGACAGGGUUUUUAAGGAAAGAAAACCAGUCCAUUCUGUUUGCUUGCCUCUGUGCAGAUAGUACAUAUGUACCCACACAACCUCUUAUAAACUGGUAGCAACAGAACCAGGAAAGUUCAUGUCUGAGUUAUAAACUCUAAGACCAGAGAGGUAGAAUUCUUGUUCAGUGAAAACAGAAACCAGAACUAUAUCUUUAAUUUCAUUUUUAACCAUUUACUAGGGAGCUUUUAUGACAGAAUAUGAAGAAAAGUACCAUUUCAUUAGCAUAGGCAUUAUUUUAUAACUUUAUCAUUGAUGGAUUUUUUGCAUGUUUUAAUCCAGUUAAUGUAUUUCAAUUUGGUCUUGCUGUAUUUUAAGAACUUAAGCCUUCUCUCUACCCUUCAUUAAUCUAAAGACUAUUGGAUCAUCCAUUUUGUGACAGUGGUGUACAUACAGAUGUAUGAAAUAAAAGAACACAAAUAAGUUUGGACAGUAUUAUAAAUACUUUUAGAUACUUUUCAUAACAUAGAUUCAAGUAUUGUGAGCGAGGGCAUCUACACUUGAGUGUGGCUGGGCUUCUUGAGGAGAGGCUUUGCCAUGGCCAACUUGAGUUUGCCCUCACCUUUUACGUGAGCCAGCCCUCCAGCAUGAAGCCUGUCCUUGGGGCUCAUGUCCAUCCCUCUGGAGAUGGUUCCUCUGGGAAAACUCCUUCACAAGGGCCACUUUCUUGACUCCACUAUACUGCCACCAGAUUCGACAAGCUGCAUGAAGAAAUAAAAUUCGGCCAUUGUUUUUUAAAUAAAUAUUCAGUCUUGGCUUUGUUUCCCCCACAAAUGAUACAGUAUCUGAGAUACUACAGUAGACAUUAAAUGAACUCUGUUGAGUGAUAAGAAUGCUAGAUUUUUCUGGAUCAAAGGUAGCAACUGGAAGUUGAGGCAAAGUUAAUUUGGUUUUUGUGACUCUAGUUAACUUACUCAGCUUCAAUCCUCAAAAGUGAUUUUUAGUCCAGAUGUCCCAAGGUUGUAAUUGGUUUUAAUCAAUAUGAUUGAUUGUGGCUUAAUUUCUUUGAAAUGAAUUCCUAUUUUCAAGAUGUGAAAGUAUUCACCGUCUUAUGAAGAUUAGGGAAAAACCCAACCUUAAGCAUGUAACACUCACCCCUACGUAUAUGACUGUGUUAGCCCAGUAAUGAGCCUGUCCAAAAAUCUAAUUUCAGAAUCUCAAUUCCUUUCCUGUAUUUGAGCCAAUAAGCAGUUUUCAUUUAUGUGAGGCUACAGAGAUUUGGAGGUAGGGAGUACAAACAAGAAUUUUAUGUCCUGGUGAAAUUUUGUGUUUCAGUUAAUAAGAAUAUUGCAUUCUGAAUUUUACCUUAACUUUUAAAAAUUUUCCUAUCAAAUCUCCAGGUGUACUGGACCUCUUUUAGAAGAAGAAUAUUAUUCUGAAAAUGGGGUCGUAGGAAGGCCAGACAAUAUACAAACAGAAAUUUGAGCCCAUUUCCCAAAGGAGGUGAGGCACCUUUAAUAAGGUAGAGUUUGCUUUUUUAUCAAGUAAAAUCUGACCUAACAAAAGGACGUGCAAGAGAUUCACUGCAUCUGCCUUGGAGUGGAAGGAAGGCUGCCACCCUGAGACAGUAGGAGUCUCUGCCUCUGUAACUGGGCCACAAGCCAUCAGAACGGGCUCCCUGCAGUGAUGUCCUAAGUUCAUUUGAUGUUCAUAGUUGAAAUGAAAAAACAGGAUUUUAUGGAUUCACUUUUUGAAACAUAAGUUUUAUGAAGCAAAUCUUGGUGUCAACCAGUGGACUAUUUAUUACUUUGUAAAAUAACAUUAAGAUCUUUUUGUUGUUGUUCCAUGUGUUUUUUAAAAAGCCUACCCAUAUACUAAAGCUAGAUUAAAUUGAAAAUAAAAAGUUUUAAAAUUUAGGAUACUAUAGUAUGAUCGUCUGCUGAGCAUGAAAUGACGUGACUUACCUUUAGAAAAAUCUGUUUUCUAGUACCGAAAUUUCUAGUACAGAACUUAACAUGACCAGGAUAAUUUAUGGAAAUAUUUCCAUGAGCUCUAUCUAUAUUGUGUACUCUUUUGAAAACAGGGUACAACAAGUAACCCACGUGUUUCUGCCAACAAAAUAAAAUACAGUAUCCAUCUCUAACUUCAUCUUUUUACUUAGAAUUAGCUUUACAGUGAUGGCCUACCCGUUGUUGUUUUCCCAUCAGCUAGUGAACAAGUCAGUUUGCUGCACUUUAUGAAAGAGUCCCAGCAACUGCUUUUAGGUGCAGAAUAUGGCCUUAGCUCCAAUGGGGGCAGGGCGAGAAAUGAAAUUUGGGCCAAAAAAAGCAGAUAGCCUCCCCAAAGUUCCCCUUCUGGAAAUGAAGAGGUUAAGACUCGAUGCCCUCGCUUUCCCUCUUGUAGCUACCCAAGCCUCUGGAGCUCACCAGGGCGCCUUACUAUGUAUUAUGUAGGAAGGCUAAGCUCAAACUCACUUGCCACGGCUACAGUGACCAUACACCCUACCAUGAAUGCAUCAGAGCUCAUGCUGUUUCUGGCAGAGAAUAUAGUCAAAGUCACCAAGCAUCGCUACAAAAUAAUUUUACAAGUUCCUCCCUCUUUGCAGAGAUGAGGAAUACCAUUUAGAAUGUCAAAAGACCAUUAAUGUGCUGGGAAGUUUGGCUGUUACUAAAUUUUUUUUUCUUUUUAAAAAUCAGUGUUAGGAAAAGUUCCUUAAGUUGGAGAGGGAUAUAUUGGGAAUUAAGUGAUAGAAAGACAAGAUAAUUGAUUUAAAAAAAUAAUAAAACUCCAAUUUCAGCUGGAGAUGCUUUUCCCUAAAGCUUAGGAUAUACUUGUUAAUGAAUAUUCAAGCAGCCAAGGACAAAGUGAGUGAGGAUCAGUUUUCGGAAUAAGGCAUCCAUGAAACAGACACCAAAGAGAUUUGAACCAUGUUUAAUUUUGGUCCCAUUUGUACAUAUUUUAUUUACAUCUUGAAAUGAGGUGACCCUCUAUUUUCAUAAGAAAAAAAACAGAGUAUGGUUUUAUUUUGAGAAAACUUGAAGGAUAAUCCUAUAAAAAUGAUAUCUAAAUGACAUGUUUAUUAUAAUGAUGAAUGUUUGCUUUUAAGGGGCAUUAGCAGCUGGACGUUGUAGCAAUACGUAGUUCAAAUGUUGGACCUCAGACACUGUGGUUAUGUAAUGAAAUCCUUUUUAAAAUUUUCUGAACAUUGUCAGUUAAUGCAACUUGCUUAUUGUACAGCUGUCAGUAAAUGUUUUUUAGAAGUUUGCCAGAUUAUAUUUAUUGAAUAAAACUUUCCCAUUUAGCUAAAA